UGGCUAACCGGUUAGCAUGAUGAAAUGUGCUGCAUUCAUGUCCUAAUGAAGACUGGCACUGCUUAACCAGCAAGGUUAUCUAAGGCAACUUUGCCGUCUUGAGGCACACAACAACUUUAUUGUCACCCUGUUCAAUAUUUGCCGUGUCAACACCAUACUCCCUGCUGAGUUAAAGAUGACGGACAUGGCAGCCAAUGGAGACAGCUGUGACAAGCCUCUAAGACGCACAGGAGCCAAAGACAAACAGAAUGGCAAAUUUACAGACUCAACAAUAAGAGAGAGGAGGCAGAGAGAUAAGGAGGAACGUCUUUCUCUGGUGUUGUGGAGGAGACCUCUGACAACACUCCAUUACUUUUUUCUAGAGUUAUUCAUCAAGCUAAAGGAGUGGACGCUCAAGCUGUGGCAGCGACGGGGUGUGGUGUUCCUAGUUCUGCUGCUGUGUUCCCUCUUCUCUGUCACCUACUCCAUCCAGGGGGCUCACCAAAAAUAUGUCCAGUACCUGGAGAAGAGGUUCCUGUGGUGUGCAUAUUGGGUCGGCCUGGGCAUCCUGUCUUCUGUGGGCCUUGGGACUGGUCUGCACACCUUCCUGCUCUACCUGGGUCCUCACAUAGCGUCCGUCACACUGGCAGCGUACGAGUGCAGCUCCACGGAUUUCCCAGAACCUCCAUACCCAGACCAGAUUGUGUGUCCGCUACUUGGCGGGGAGGAGGGCAGCGUCUCGCUCUUCUCCAUCAUGUCAAAGGUCCGCCUGGAGGCCUGCAUGUGGGGUGCGGGCACUGCCAUCGGAGAGUUGCCGCCUUACUUCAUGGCCAGGGCAGCACGGCAGUCCGGGGCCGACCCUGAGGACGAAGACUACGAGGAGUUCGAGGAGAUGCUGGAGCAAGCCCAGAGCGCACAGGAUUUUGUCACCAGAGCCAAGCUGGGAGUUCAACACAUGGUGCAGAAAGUGGGAUUCUUCGGCAUCUUGGCUUGUGCUUCGAUCCCCAAUCCUCUUUUCGAUUUGGCGGGAAUCACCUGUGGACACUUCCUGGUUCCCUUCUGGACCUUCUUCGGGGCCACGCUCAUCGGGAAAGCCAUCGUCAAGAUGCACAUACAGAAGCUGUUUGUGAUCAUCACGUUCAGCAAACACAUCGUGGAGCAGAUGGUGUCUCUGAUUGGGUCCAUACCCCGGGUGGGAGCCUCGCUGCAGAAGCCCUUCAGUCACUACUUGGAGGCUCAGAGGAACAAGCUGCAUCACGCUGAAGGAAGGACUCAAUCGGAUGACAACUGGCUGUCGUGGCUGUUUGAGAAGCUGGUGCUGGUCAUGGUGGUGUACUUCGUCAUCUCCAUCCUGCACUCCACGGCGCAGGCGCACGCCAAGCGGCGGCAGCAGCGGCGGCGCUCGGAGGAGAAGACCAAGUGAAUUUGAAAGGAAGCGGCAGGAAGUGAGCGCUGCUCGCUCGCUGCUCUCUUUAAACAAACCUCGCCAUGAGUGUGUGAAGACCAGACUGUGUGUGUGUGUGUGUGCGUGCGCGUCAUCCACACCGUCUCCUGUAGUUUAACGAUCAUCUCAGUCUUACGGCGUGCUGAGCAGCUGCGUGUUCUUCUGAUUCUAACCUCUUCUUUCCCACCAUUGCAACGCCUUAUGCAAAGAUGGCAACGUCUCCCUUCAAUAGUUUGACUUGUGUACCGGACUCUGGACUCUGGACUCGGGGCAGGUGACAACCUUUUGGGCGCCCAACAUUUCCACGGGGUGAGCGUUCCACUUACGAUCCACUCACGAUCCACUCACGAUCCAUUCACGAUCCACUCACGAUCCAUUCUCCAUUCAAAACCGAUUCCACCGACGUGUUAUUAUUAGAAUUAUAAUGAAACUUUUUCAAAGCCGGCUAGAAAAGCUCCUUCCGCUAGCAUGAAGGUGGCUUAAAACUUCUUUUUUUUUUGAAAUAAUCACUUUUGAAUGGAAUCCGAAUGAGGAAUGAAUAAGAACGGCGAUACAGGCGAUGUUUUAGUGCACUCUGGUGAACGACUCACGCUUUCUUUUCCACCUGUCGGACAUUAAAAACCUCUUUCGUUUUCUUUUGGCUCUUUUGGUGAGAAAGAAGGAAAAAGCAAUAACAAUGUAAAAGUUGUGUUGUUGAAGGUUCACACGUUGUGUAGAUAAGUUCAUCUUGGACGUGUUUCAUUUCUAUGGUGUGUGAUGAGCCUCUAUAAAAGGUGUGUUACUUCCUGCUAUAUAAAAGGUGUACUUCC